AUGUCGCUGAUCAGCAUCUUGGCUCCUCUAGUCACUUCUGAGGGCUUAGACUCAAGAAUCAAACCCUCAUCGAAAAAAGAUGCUUCUUCCACAACGAAGCCGUCGCUAUGGAAAACUACCGAAUUCAAAUUCUACUACGUUGCCUUUUUAGUCGUUGUUCCCUUGAUGUUCUAUGCAGGGUUGCAAGCUAGUUCGUCCGAAAAUCCAAAUUAUGCAAGAUACGAGCGUCUUCUAUCUCAAGGUUGGCUAUUUGGUAGGAAAGUGGAUAAUAGUGAUUCUCAAUAUAGGUUUUUCAGGGACAAUUUUGUACUAUUGUCGGUUUUAAUGCUGGCCCACACGUCUAUUAAACGCAUUGUCCUUUAUUCAACCAACAUCCCUAAAUUAAGAUUCGAUCUAAUAUUUGGUUUAAUCUUCUUGGUGGCCGCUCAUGGUGUCAAUUCGAUAAGAAUUUUAGCCCAUAUGCUAAUUUUAUAUACCAUCUCUCAUGCGCUCAAGAAUUAUAGAAAAAUAGCCACCAUUAGCCUUUGGAUUUAUGGUAUUUCUACGCUUUUUAUUAAUGACAACUUCAGAGCUUAUCCAUUUGCCAAUCUUUGCUCCCUUUUAAGCCCACUGGAUCACUGGUAUAGAGGUAUUAUUCCAAGAUGGGAUGUUUUUUUCAAUUUUACCCUUCUGAGAGUCUUAAGUUACAACUUAGACUACUUGGAAAGAUGGGAGAAUUUACAAACGAAGAAAAGCCCAUCCUACGAAUCAAAAGAAGCUAAAUCAGCCAUUAUGCUCAAUGAACGCGCUAGAUUAACCGCGGCUCACCCCAUCCAAGACUACAGCUUAAUGAAUUAUAUUGCAUACGUUACUUACACACCACUUUUCAUCGCUGGUCCCAUUAUAACAUUCAAUGAUUACAUUUACCAAUCGAAACAUACCCUUCCAUCAAUAAACUUCAAGUUCAUUUUUUACUAUGCGGUAAGAUUCAUUAUUGCUAUCUUAUCUAUGGAGUUCAUUUUACAUUUCCUUUACGUGGUGGCAAUCUCAAAAACCAAAGCUUGGGAAAAUGAUACACCUUUUCAGAUUUCCAUGAUUGGCUUAUUCAAUUUGAAUAUUAUUUGGCUGAAACUUCUAAUUCCGUGGAGAUUGUUUAGGCUAUGGGCUUUGAUAGACGGAAUCGAUACCCCUGAGAAUAUGAUCAGGUGUGUCGAUAACAAUUACAGUUCAUUAGCUUUCUGGAGAGCUUGGCAUAGAAGCUAUAAUAAAUGGGUUGUCCGUUAUAUAUACAUUCCUCUAGGUGGCUCAAAAAACAGAAUUUUGACAUCGCUAGCUGUCUUUUCCUUCGUGGCCAUAUGGCAUGACAUUCAAUUGAAGUUAUUAUUAUGGGGCUGGCUAAUAGUUCUUUUCCUUUUACCAGAAAUUUUUGCUACUCAAAUUUUCUCUCAUUAUACCGACGCAGUCUGGUACAGACACGUUUGUGCUGUUGGCGCUGUUUUCAACAUAUGGGUGAUGAUGAUCGCUAAUCUUUUUGGAUUUUGCUUAGGUUCUGACGGUACUAAAAAAUUACUAGGUGAUAUGUUCUGUACCGUAUCUGGUUUCAAGUUUGUGAUUUUGGCAAGCGCUAGUUUAUUCAUCGCGGUUCAAAUAAUGUUUGAAAUUAGAGAAGAAGAAAAGAGACACGGAAUUUACUUAAAAUGCUAA